AUGGAAUUUGUCGACAUUUAUUUCAUGUUUAACUCUUUAGAGAGUGUUGCGGCGGCGGCUCCUACAUCGGUAAAUACCGUAGCUGUUGGUGUUGAGUUGAAUGUUGUGAGUAGGAAUAUGGUUGAAAGUCUGGUUGUUCCCACCUUUAGAGUUGGUUACACCAUCACCACUGAUGCACUUGAUGCUCUCUACAAGAAGAUCAAGUCAAAGGGAGUUACUAUGACAGAAUUGCUUGCCAAGGCUACUGCACUCGCACUCGCUAAACACCCUGUUAUAAACUCUAGUUGUAGGGGUGGUAAUAGCUUUGUAUACAAUAGCAGCAUCAACAUUGCAGUUGUCGUGGCUAUAGAUGGCGGACUGACUACACCAGUGCUUUAG